GCGCCGCGCCGUGCCGCGCCGUGCCGUGCCGUGCCGUGCCGUGCCGUGCCGUCGGGCGCUGCGGGCCGGUCGCCAUGGUUGGCGUGGAUCUGUUCUCGCAUCCCGCGCUCUACACGCGCUACCGUGCUGGGCUCUGCUCCGCCGCGGCACUGGCGUUGUUGCUCAUCACGGUGCUCACCUAUGUGCCGCCGCUGCUGGUGGCCUACCGGAGCCACGGUUUCUGGCUGAAGCAGAACGCGUACCUGGAGCAGCCCACUGUGCGUUUCCGGUACGAGGUUCUCUUCGUCGCCACCAUCGAGUCCGGCCCGGGCAGCUUCUUGGCGUGGAGCACGUUUCCAGCGUUCAACAGGCUCCAGGAGGACCGGCUCCGAGUCCCACUCGUGUCGUAUACCCUGCUACAGUUGCACAUAACUGAAGUUCUGAAGAUUCUGGCACAGAAACAUGGCAAGCCGUGGCUCACAGCCAGGAAUCAGCAUACAGAGGCCAUUAAGAGGCGUGCUACGGUGGCAGGAGGCACAAGCCUGAUCAUCAGUGAUCUAUAUCCACCGUGUCUUACAGAAGAUCCAGCAACGAGAGAAGAAGACAAAAAUCAAGAUGGCAAAAUGGAUCGGUUGCAUUUUAAGCUGGAACUUCCACUACAACCUACAGAGCGUGUAGUUGGCGUUCAGCUGAUUCUACUUUUUUCCUACCGGCUUUAUCGAAUGUCAACAUUUGUGAUGCAGAGCAUGGCUUUUCUUCAGUUUUUUUCUCCCGUGCCAGGGUCUCAGCUCAGUGUGAAUGGAGACCUGAAAUUGAAUCAGAGGCAAUUACUUAACCAUUGUGGCCUGGAUACCAGAUACAAUGUGUCUGUGGUCAAUGGCACAAGUCCUUUUGCAAGUGACUAUGAUCUAGCAAGCAUCAUUGCAGCUUAUUGGGAUAGAAAUGUGACAACAGUCUUUUCAGAUCCCACCCCUGUUUGGAUGACUGGAAAAACAACAGAUACGCCAUUUAUCGUUAAUGCCACCAUUCAUUACCCAGUGGAAGUUAUCUUAUAUCAGCCGGGAUUUUGGGAAAUCAUAAAAUUUGCCUGGAUCCAGUAUGUCAGCAUCCUCCUUGUCUUYCUUUGGGUGUUUGGUAGGAUUAAGAUGUUUUUGUUCCAGAAUCAGGUGUUGACUACGAUUCCAGUMUCACCAGUUCUCCCGCUAUCUCCAGUACUGUCCUACAAACAGCACCAGUCUUGAGGAGAAGUCUGAGAAUGCUUUAUAGAAAUGCAGUUCGAAAACAGUUACGUGACUUUAUUCUUUAUUCUCUCUAUAUUCUCUUUUAUUCUCUAUAGUUUUAUGUUCUAUUCUUGCUUUGGAGUAUCAGAAUUUUGUACAUUUGUUCCAGAUAUGUUCUGUUCAUGCUUCCUUUUUAAAACACAUGUUCAUUCAUCUAAUUUCUUUUGCAACACUGCUUUGGGACAGAAGAAAAUUAUAUUUUUGACAGCUAAAGAAAAGCCUAACUAUUUUUUUGCGUCGGGAACGUGCUCCGAAAACCACCUUGAAAACUGGAAAUAAUAUGCUAAAAGUAAAAACAUUAACUCUUUUUACUACUUGUAAAUUACUUCACUGCAGYCUUAGAGUUCAGUGAAGAGUUAUUUGUACAUGCAUCUAUGUGCACUAUGAAAUGAAAAAGAAAAGUGAAAAAAUGCAUGGAUGAGUUAAGGUCAGAGAUGCACUUCUGUAAUUGUGGCUAUACAUACUCAGCAAUUGAAUUCUUAAAUUGGACGAUGAAUAAAUUCAAGGUUGAUGUGAGAAACUGGGUUGUGGGCGAUAGCGUGCGCAAAGUUUGCACAAACAUUUACUACCGGCAUUGUUACCGUAGCGCUAGACYAUUUAAACUGUGAAUAGUAAAACGGAGAAUCCUCGUAUUUAUUUGAAGAAAACUAGAAAAUGUAGUACCAGAGAAGCCUCAGAGAUUCAAAGCAAGUGAAUAAUUACUUUUAGAACUUAAACAGCUUAGAACGGUUAAAAAGUGUAAUCAGCUGGUACACAUUGAAAGACUGUAUCCCUCAUUCUCGAUGUCAGUGGUAGUAGGGAAGAUUAUUUGAUUUUCUCUUUCUGGGCUUACAUUUAUGCCAAUAAAGCUCACAAGAGAAAACAACAAAAUGUCCAUUAUAUUUUCACUUUCUGCAUUAAAGAAUUAAUUGUAGCAAAGCAAUGUUGUGGCAGGAUG